UAAUAAUAAAAAUUAAUGAUGUUAAUUCGAUGUGUUGUCUUUAUUUUCUUUUCUCCAUCACCGGCGUUUCACCUUAACACAAUUGAGUCGCAGGCAAAACACAAGUUUGCAUCUAGAACAAACAUAGUCGGAGUUGAUUUGUGAACGUUGAGGUUUGACGAACGCGAUCAGGAAAUCCCCCGAGCCCAAUUCGAGGAAAAGAGAGGAUCUUCCUGGAACCCCUCAAAUUAUUCCACCUUCUGGAUCCUAAAAUUUUGCAGUUCUUCGUUGGGUGUUUGUUUGAUCCGUUCUUAGGUCUGGGCAGGGAAUUCAGAAUUGUGGUUUGAUUGAGAAGCAAAUCCCGUGAUGGCGAACACUGGAGAGGUGUGUGCCGAGAGGGCUACUAAUGAUAUGCUUAUUGGUCCUGACUGGGCCAUCAAUAUCGAGCUCUGCGACAUCAUCAACAUGGAUCCGAGCCAAGCCAAAGAAGCACUGAAGGUGCUCAAGAAGCAGUUAGGAAGUAGAAACCCUAAAGUUCAGCUUCUGGCUCUUUAUGCAUUGGAAACCCUGAGUAAGAAUUGUGGUGAGAAUGUGUAUCAGCUGAUCAUCGACGGCGAUAUUUUGCAUGAAAUGGUCAAGAUAGUGAAGAAGAAGCCCGAUCUUAAUGUAAAGGAAAAGAUACUUAGUUUAUUAGAUACAUGGCAAGACGCUUUCGGUGGAAUCCGAGGAAGAUAUCCGCAGUACUACAAUGCAUAUAAUGAACUCAUUUCUGCCGGCGUUGAUUUUCCUCCACGGACGGAGAGCAGUGUCCCAUUUUUUACGCCACCUCAGACUCGGCCCGUUGCUGCUUCGGGUGAAGAUGCUCCUAUCCAGGCCUCACUGCAAAAUGAUGAUGAUUCUGGACUUAGUCUGGAAGAGAUUCAAAGCGCCCGGGGAUCUGUCGAUGUUUUGCUGGAAAUGUUGGGUGCCCUUGAUCCUAGCCAUCCCGAGGGUUUGAAGGAAGAAGUUAUAGUAGAUUUAGUCGAGCAGUGUCGUAAUUACCAGAAACGUGUAAUGACUCUGGUGAACACCACUACAGACGAGGAACUUCUGUGUCAGGGAUUGGCAUUGAACGAUAAUUUGCAGCGUGCUCUCCAGCGUCAUGAUGAUAUCGCGAAUGGCCACCUUGUUUCCGGUACUGCUUCCCCUCCCACACCGCUCGUCAACGUCAACCAUAAUGAUGAUGAUGAUGAUGAUUUUGCUCAGCUAGCUCACAGGUCGAAGAGGGAGAGCGCACAAGAAUCUCGGGGGGAAAACCCAGAAAGCGUUAGGACCGGGGUAAGAUUCAGCCCUAUUCUUCCUCCACCGCCGCCUACAACGAGACCGGUAUACGUUGAUUCUGGUAAUGUCGACUAUCUCAGCGGCGAUGUCUACAAACCAGAAGGGUCUUCAGAGAAUGUGAAUCUAUCAUGCGGUCCACAAGAUUCUUCCCCUCUUGUUUUCGAUGAUCCAGUUCCCCGAAGCAAAUCCCCCGAGGAAACUUUCGCAAAACAAGAUCCAGUUUACGAUGAUCCACCAGCCGUAGUAGAAUCUGGUGAGCAGUUGCCUCCGGCUCCUUGGGAUUCCCGACACGACCAGAGGCAUCAGUUCUUCGGGCUACACGAUCAUCGCUCGGGCAGCGGAUCUGAUUCAUCCUCGUACGAUGAUCUUGCGGGACAGACCCGGAAAAUAUCUCUGAACCCUACUGCCUCUAUUGCUGAUAUGAAGAAGGAUGAGAAACCGGAGGAUACCCUUUUCAAAGACCUGGUCGAGUUUGCCAAAACCAGGCCGUCUUCUUCUUCUUCUUCUUCCUUGAAACCCAGCAGUCGAAGUAACAGGCCGUCUUGAUAGUUCUUGAGUUGUCACAGUUACUUGCUACACUGUCAUUGCAUUUUUGGUUCUUCGUUUUCAGGCGGGUUUUAGUGAAUGGACGAUGAUGAUACAGUAUCUUUGUACCGUCGAAUAAAAAGUGUUUUUAAGUC